AUGAACCCGAACCCAAUUGGUGACGUCAACCUUCAAAUAAUGGACUCUAACGUUGUCUACACGGCGACGUGUCUUUAUGGCGCCGUCGUUGUUCUGGGAAUUAUCAGUGUUUCCAUUUUCAUAGCGGUUCUCAUCAAGGGAUCUGACACCUUCAGGGAGGUACAGUUCAUUUUUAAUGACUUCUCUGCGCCCUCCUUGUCUCUCGGCGGCCCUCUCUUUUUGACGCGCUGUUUCCAUGUUUCUCUGACCUCGCCGGUGAGGGAACAGAGAGACGCAGACUUCCAUUUUUCACGUCCUUCCGCAUAAUUAUGACGCGCAUUUGCAUCCUUUAGGCUUUAGCAUUUAGAGUAGCUUGAAGUCGGGCGCAGUCAAAGUGGAAGAGUUUGAGCCAUUGAAUGGGAAAAAUCGAGUAUAGUCGAUUCACGGCUACCGCGUGGCGUGUCUGCGCUCUCCACCAACUAGGCACUUUCUCUUUUUUUUUAUCGUGUCAGGACCCAUUUUUCGUUGGCUCAAUUCAGCCGUGAAUCAGCUAUAUAAACCAGCUUUUAAUUGAGGAAAAAAAAAACUUGGAACAGGUGGUCGAGGGGAACAUUUAUUAGGUAACGUGCUUACGCAAGUUUUGCAAAGGGACGAGCCAAAACGAAUUUAGAAGGUCAGCGCAACGCCAGCCACGUUUUUGCGCAACGCAACAACCUUUUUUUUAGGGCAAAUGCGUAGGCAAUGCUUUCCGCAGCUCACUUUGCGCGCGUUCCGCAGAAACCAGCAAUGCGCUCCGCAUCGUUUCCUGGGAGUGCAGCGCUUUUGAAAUAGUUUAAUCACAAGAUUGCUGGCCAAAUGCAAUUUUCGUCGGAUAACUGAGCUUUCUUGAGGUUAACCGUGAGUAGACUAGUCGUUGAAAGUGGGAGAGUUAGUAUUUGGACUCGAAAACUUCAUGAUGCAUCCCCGUAGUAUCCGAAGAAGCAGAAUCUUAGAAACCGAAGGAAAAAAUAACGAAAAUAGUAUCUCUUCGUUUUGAUAUAAUUUUUUUAACAGUUCAUGCUCCUUUAAAAGCCCUAGCAAUGCUUUCCGAACAUAUAUUUUUUUUUCCAGUUCCCGUUCUUCACAAUAGUUUGGCACUUGACGAUAACAAACGCGGUGAACAUAAUGAUCCAGGCGACGUGCAUAUUUCCGUCGAUGUUCGUCGAGCUCGACGAGUCGGAAUUUUGGAACACCUGGUGAGAAAAAUAUACCUUUUUUCGUCCUCCAAAGUUUUUGUUUCAGAGACGAAAAUUGCUUUCAUGUUUGAAAAAAUUCUCAAACGCUUGAAAUAAACGUUCAAUUCCUCUUCUUGGAAUUUUUUCCAAGAAAAUUGAGGGAAAUUGUCGAAAUUCCAAUCAGAGAUCUGCUAUUUUUCAGAUUUUUUUAUAAACACGAAAUAUUUUUCGAAGCUACAGAAAAAAUUGGCAAAACGUCGCAACAAUACAGUCAAAUUCAAAGCAUUUUCCUUGAAAUAAACAGUUUUUCCAGGUUUUCGGUGGGCUCAAUGAUCUCAACGGCCACCGACGUGGCGAUGAUGUUACUAGUUCUAUUGAUCGCUAUAAAUCGCUUCUCAGUCUUUAUUUUCAAGCCCCUAUCCUCGGCCUUCACCAAGUAUCUCUUCCAUUAUUUCAGUUUACAAAAAUAAAAAAAUCUCCAGGGACACUGUGAAAUACCCUUUAAUGGUCACUUGGAUUGCCGUCGCUUUUUUCAUUUACUUGCGUCUUUUCCAAAUGAAAACCGUACGGAAGUUCUCCAAGGCCAACUUUGAAUUUUCAGAAGUUUUCAUCACCAAAGAGAGCUGGGUCAACUUUGUGAGUCAUUCGAAUAUCGUCGAUUCUUUCCAGCUUGAAAGUCGAGACCGGUAGAUUCGAAAGGGGGGCGCGUUGCGUGUGCGUCGCGGCUUUUAGAGGGGAGCUCGAACUACGGCGUCUUUUCGACGACGCCACACUAAGAUUAACUGCCGAGAUAAACGCGAGACAUUGGCGGUACAUUGACGAGCUCGCAAACAUCUCGCUUUUUUUCUCGCGCCGGUCUCGCAUUUUUCUGGGCGCGAGCUCGCAUUUUUCUAGGCGCCAGCUCGCAUUUCUCUCGCAAUUUGAAAAUUUCCGAAAUGCGAGAUAAAUGCGAGAUGGCGCCAAGAAAAAUGCGAGGUCGCGCCGAGAGAAAUGCGAGAGCGCGCCUAGAAAAAAGCGAUAUUUUUGCGAGUUCGUCAAUGUACCGCCACCGACCUCGCGUUUAUCUCGUCAGUUAUUCUUAGUGCACGCCCGAUUUUUCUCCGUAAAGUGUCGUGUGCAUGCACUGUGCCGCUAUCGCGCAGAAAAAUCGCGCAGAAAAAUCGCGUUUUUAUAGAGGUAAUUCAAUUCGUCUCAAAAACCUCUAGCAAUACGGCGUUCUGUGCCUUUAAAAUGUUAUGUUAUUUGAGCUCUUAGAGCCGAAAUUUCUGCCGUUCCCAUGACGUCACGAGGGAACGGCGGAGAUUUUGACUCCGCCCAUCGUGUUUUUUUUUGGUUUUUUAAGCCGCGAGCCACCUCUUUCAUCUUCAUUUGAUAAUUAUUUCAACAAAUUUUAAUUUUUUUAGGAUUUUGAAAAGCUUUGGUUGAACAGAAACAGUAUGAAAACAAUUUAAAAAAAACUUUUUUCUGCAUUUUUCCAUGAUUGCGUUUGACUUCGAGGUCCCUGCCAAAAAGCCGCUUCGCACACGCAACGCGUCACCAACAUCGCCUUUCAAGUCGGGAAAAAUAGACCCUAUUCAAAGAGUUGUAUUUAUAAACAAUUUUAGACAUUGACCAUGAUUGGAUAUAUCAUCCCGCUGAUCAUCUUCUGCGUCUAUCUUCUCAUGUACGCUGUUAUCAAGAAGAAAAGAGCGUCGUUGAGUACUGUGAUAGUGGAAGAGAACCCGAAUCACAGCAACGUCGACUUUAAUUUGCUGCUCCAAGGAUUUCUUCUGUCCAUUUCGCUUCUGGUACGUCAAAACUAAUACAAUAGUCAACGAAAAAUCGCAAAAAAUCCAGAACGAUACGUUUUUAAUUAUUUGGGGGAAGGGGGGAUGGGGUUUCUUUACUCGUAUGUUAGAGGUCCCAUCGGCUCUUGAAGGUUAUUAUUAUUUUCAUUUAUUUAUAAAUUAUGAUGAUUUCAACAUUGGGGGUCGGGUCGCCCUGGGGCCAUAAAAUGAACAUGAUUUCUUCAAGUUGAGACCACUUGUGGGAUAUUUUUUUUCUUCUUCAAGCAUGUUUCCUUGUUCCAGAUAUGCCGGAUGUUGAACACGGUCACGCCGAGAAUCCAGACGGCGACUUGGAUCGUCUGGGUCCUGAGUAUCGUCAAAGCCAUGUCCACCGUGAUCAAUAACAUGCUGAAUCCUGUCCUCUUCCUGACCACCAACAUAACUGUCCGGAAAAUCUUCAAAAGCCUUCUCAAAUGCGAAUCGACCAAGCCAAAGUUCAUCUCCGAGUCGGAUAUGCCCAGUGGUGAGUGGAAUUUCGGGUCAUUUAUUUAUUUCAGGCAAAAGAAUCAUAAAGUCUGUGUGCCACGACUUGAAAAUUAACCGAACGACAUUCCGCUGUUCCGGUGCGUGCGUUCGCGUAGCGUCUUUCGAAUCUAAGUCACGCUUUCAAUUGAUUGUUAUUGCUGUAGGAGCACACGAAAGUAGAGUACCUUGAGAAAAGAAAAAAUAAAUAAAAGCGCGACCAAGUUACGCAAAGGCGCGCAGCGGAGUGUCGUUUGGUGAAGUUCCAAGUCGGUUUACACAUCCUAUAAUGGAGAUCUUAAAAUUUCUGCCUGUCUGUUCCUUUGCCGGUGAGGUCAGAGAAAUAUGAAAACAGCCUACAACAUGAGAGGGUCGCCUAGAGACGAGGAAGGCACAAAGAAGUAUCUCCCUUUUAAGCGGGGGAAACGGACUAUGAAGAAAUUUGAAUUAAAUUUCAAAAAAUAGUGUUAGACUCGAUUCUUUGGAACCCUAACGAAUCGGGUUAACACAUCCGUAAAUAAAAAACAACGUUAAAUUGUUUUCAGCGAGACCAAAGCAUCGAAUACGGUUCAAUUUAAAAAGCAAAGCGUUAAGAUUCAAAAGAGCCAAGGUACAAAUAAUUUCAGAUUUUUUGUAAUUUCAAAAAAAAAUUCUAGGCGGUCGAACCGAUAGUUCAACUUUCCAACAUGGAUAUGCCUCGUGUCGCGGCUUGA